AUGCGCACUUCUCGAGCAUCCAAGGAUACCGCCAAGGUCCUGCAGGCUUUGUCGCCCCCUGCGCGACGCCAGACUCGCUCCCAGGCACUCAAUCUGCUCAGGUCUUUCUCCUACAAUGCAGGCAGUGGUCCUGCGGUGGAUGCAUUUAGUGAUGAUGAUACUUCUUCACUCUCGUCUGUGCCUACGGUCGAUAUCGAAGAUAUCCUGGAGCCGCCAGCGAAGCGCCGCAAAAGCGCAUUAGCCGGCCCUUCGACACGGACAGGGACGCGCUCGUCUCGACGGAGGCUCGGCAGUGAAGCACCUAUCAAAACUGAGACAUCCGUGAAAACCGACACUCCUGUCAAAGAAGAGCCAGGCAAAAAGCCUGUUCGUGCGCGUCGGGCCCCUGCGCGAAAAAUCAAACGCGAGGGUGGCGACACAGUAGAACCGCCUUCGAACUGGGAGACCAUGUAUAAUAUGGUCAAGAAGAUGCGAGAGGAGAACCCCACGGCUCCGGUCGACACCAUGGGAUGUGCCGAACUCUACUGGCGCGCGUCGUCUCCUCGGGACCGUCGGUUUCAGACCCUGAUCGCGCUCAUGCUAUCCUCUCAGACCAAGGACACCGUCACGGCCGUUGCCAUGCAGCGGCUACACACUGAACUGGGUGACCAAGCAGCGACGAAUGUGAAGAAAGAACCCGGCGAGUACGACUGGAAGCCAACAGAGCAGGUCAAAGACAGCACUCUGAACCUGGAAAACAUCCUGGCCGUGGCCCCGGAACGUCUCAACGAGCUGAUUCGCACAGUGGGCUUCCACAACAACAAGACCAAAUAUAUCAAGGCCGCCGCUCUCAUUCUCCGCGAUCAGUAUGACUCGGAUAUCCCUUCUACUGCCCCUGAGCUGAUGACGCUUCCCGGAGUCGGCCCGAAGAUGGCGUUUCUCUGCAUGAGCGCGGCAUGGGGCAAACACGACGGCAUCGGCGUUGAUGUCCACGUCCACCGCAUUACCAAUCUCUGGGGCUGGCACAAGACGAAGAACCCGGAAGAAACGCGCAUGGCGUUGGAGUCAUGGCUACCGAAAGACAAAUGGCAUGAGAUUAACAAGCUACUGGUCGGGCUGGGUCAGACGGUCUGCUUACCAGUAGCUCGGAGAUGCGGGGAAUGCGACCUCGCAGGGACCAAACUUUGUAAGAGCGAGAUCAGGGGACUAGUGUCAAAAAAGCGAAACACAAUCACUGUGAAGGAGGAAGUAGCCGAAGACGAUAGUUGGGUGUCAGCUUUCAGUACUCCCUACACCAGUGCAGACAUGGAUUUGGAGAUCUCCCCCAUGGACGUCUCACAGAGGGGUCCGACCUUGUUUGUGGACUUGCCGGAGAAUGUCAAGAAAAAGAUCCUGGAAUACGUGGGGUUGCUGCGGCCUUGUCUGAUCAAUAUUUCGUUCGAGCAGGUUCGCAGCAAGCUGGACCGUGGCCUCUGUUCCAGGCCCCUUGAGCAACGGACUCCCCGCGGGGGAUGGACUGCGUCGUGGACGUCCUUCUACGAAGGGCCCUGUGACCAUCCCAAAUUGCCUAUUGAGGUCUUUCAGUCGUGCCAGGCUUUUCGCAGGGAUGCGGGUGCUCUGUUCUUUGCCCAGAACCGCUUCAGCAUGCUGUUGUAUAGCAAGUCGGACUUUGUGACUUUCCGCACCUCGAUGGAAUGGGGUAUGCAGCACAUGAGAUACUUGCAUCUGGAUCUGGGUCCUCGAGAUAAUCGGUUCCUCAAGCUAGGCCCCGGUGUCCACCGCACGAUCUUGAAUAUGUGGGUGGACUUUUGUAACCUGUCACGGACUCAGAUGCCCAGUUUGCGGUACUUUAGUAUGAAGUGCAAGGUCCGCGAUCUCGAGGUGGCUUGCCGGCUCAUGUGCACGAUGAAUCCUUUCCCGGCUCUCCUCCACUGUGCCUUUCAUCUCAGCCACACUCAGGACGACGAUAUCCGGCCGGUGAUCAAGCGAGCUGCGUGGAGAUUGACGGAUAAUCUGCCCAACAAGCCUCCGUUUCCGUUCACCCGCCUCCCCAAAGAGAUCCAGCUGAUGGUGCUCGAGGAGAUCCUGCUCAAUCGCUCCGAUUACACCCUGCAGCCGUCCGACUGCUCACCGGGGAUCAUCACUUUCCAGGACCGAAAGCGUUCUCGGAUCGCCAUGUUUCAUUCCCUGACCUGCUGUGGGACUUGCUCGCCUAUCGGGGCCAUGUGCUUCUGCCAUGCACGCCAAACCGCAUUCUCCACGAGCUGCAACUGCUUUUCGUCGCCCCUGCCGUAUUUCUUGGUCAGCCACGAAUUCUAUGAGAAUGCCCGUCGCAUCUUCUUCACCAAGAACAAGUUUGCCUUUGUAGAGGAGGAUCCAGACUUCAUGAUGCGCUUCUUGCACCAUAUCCCCACGACGUCGACGCUCAUGAUUCAGCACCUGUCAUUCAAGUUCCCCGUGUGCUACCGGAGCGCUCCCCGGACUGGACCUCGAUCCGAGGAGGCGACGAUGCUUUCUUGGUCCGUGCUGCGGCGCUUCAUCCGGGAGCACUUUGACCUGUCGCGCCUGUCCAUCAAGAUUGUGGAUCUGGGCUUGAAGGGGGCCGUCACGUACUCGCAAGAUGCCCGCAAGAAAUACCUGCGUAAGCUGCUGUUAGCAUUCACUGAUCUGGAGGGGUUGCGGGACUUUCGGGUGUACCUGGUGGAUGACCAUGUGUUUGAGAGAGAGGUAGAAGCGGCUAUCCUUGGACUGACUUCCGUGGAAAGACGACGAUCGUGGAUGCCAUUCAUCAGCAGACAGAGCCUUCGAGGAUCAGCCUGAUGCUGUCUUGCUGCAUCUGUCAGUUGUUGUAUUUGUGUGCUCUCUGCUGCGGUAUCUGCUGCGGUUAUCUGGCUGCGUCGUCUGGCUGCGUCGUCUGUUCUCUGCUGAUCCGAGGGGUUGCAGUUAUUGCGUGGGUUCACCUGCUGGACUCACCGGAAAAGCUUAUCUGUUCUAUUUGAUAAUAUCCCGAUCUGUUCUUCAUGUUAUUGCCUCGUCUCUGUGAUCGUGUCAAGGCGGCUGAUGUUUCAGGUAUGGAUUGGAGAACUUCCUGCGGAAGGUUCACCGUGUCCUCUGAGACGACGGCUGCAUGACAGUUGAACACGAAGAGCAGGCCGAUUAACGACCAGCCGCCGGCGGUCUCAUGUACCUAAUAAUUAAUCCCAUGCUUUGUUCUCUU